CAAGAGAAACCAACAAAGGAUUAAUUUGACAAUCAAGCGAACCAAGGGAAAGAUAGUGGAGAAGCCAAAGGAGGAGUGAAGCUUCAUGGUGUCAUGUGUUGCAGGAUUAAGGGCUGAGAUGAGACCACUAACUUUGGAACAGAAAUGAGUAAAAGCAACCGGCAGAAUAGGAGAAGAAAAUACCAGAGCCCUUGGUUCAGACCACACGAUUCUAAUGAGAGGUAUAACACCCAGGCACUACAGAGCCCGCAGGAUUCUGAGCAUGGCGAUGAUGGUGAUUCCCCAUCGACCUCAUCUGACACAGCUGGCAGUUCUUCCGUGCCAGAUUUACCAGGGUAUUACUUCGACCCUGAAAAGAACCGCUACUUCCGCUUGCUUCCUGGACAUAACAACUGCAACCCCCUCACGAAGGAGGGCAUCCGGCAGAAGGAAAUGGAGAGCAAGAGACUGCAGCUGCUAGAGGAAGAAGACAAGCAGAAAAAGAAAAUAGCCAGGAUGGGAUUUAAUGCAUCUUCCUUGCUACAAAAAAGUCAGCUGGGUUUUCUCAGUGUCACCAGUUAUUGCCGUCUAGCCCAUGAGCUGCGUGUGAGCUGCAUGCAGAGGAAGAAGGUCCACAUUCAAAGCUCAGAUCCUUCCGCUUUGGCAAGCGACCGAUUUAACCUCAUACUGGCAGACACCAACAGCAGCCGGCUCUUCACAGUGAAUGAUGUGAAAGUCGGAGGCUCCAAGUACGGCAUCAUCAGCCUGCGUGGUUUGAAGACCCCUACGCUCAGCGUGCGAAUGUAUGAAAACCUUUACUUCACCAACCGGAAGCUGGGACAUGAGCCACAAGAUGGAUACAGGUUAAAAAUGGUGAAUUCUGUGUGCUGGGCCUCGCUGAAUCACUUGGACUCCCACAUUCUGCUGUGCCUCAUGGGAUUCGCAGAUUCUCCAGGCUGCGCCACUCUGCUCCCAGCAUCGCUGUUCGUCACUAGUCACCCAGCAGUCAGAGACCGGCCUGGAGUGCUCUGCAGUUUCCGGAUCCCUGGUGCCUGGUCCUGUGCAUGGUCCCUGAACAUCCAGGCAAAUAAUUGCUUCAGUACAGGCUUGUCUCAGCGGGUCCUGCUGACCAACGUGGUGACGGGACACCGGCAGUCCUUUGGGACCAGCAGCGAUGUCUUGGCCCAGCAGUUUGCUCUCCUGGCUCCUUUGCUGUAUAAUGGCUGUCGUUCUGGGGAGAUCUUUGCCAUUGAUCUGCGUUGCCCAAAUCAAGGCGAGGGCUGGAAGGCCAGUCGCCUGUUCCACGAUUCAGCAGUGACCUCCAUACAAAUCCUCCAUACAGAGAAAUGUUUGAUGGCGUCAGACAUGGCUGGAAAGAUCAAACUGUGGGACCUGAGGGCCACUAAGUGUAUAAGGCAAUACGAAGGUCACGUAAAUGAGUACGCCUACCUGCCCCUGCAUGUGCACGAGGAAGAAGGAAUCCUGGUGGCAGUGGGCCAGGACUGCUACACCAGAAUCUGGAGCCUCCACGAUGGCCACCUACUCAGAACCAUACCCUCCCCGUACCCCGCCUCCAAGGCUGACAUUCCCAGUGUGGCCUUCUCCUCUCGUCUUGGGGGCUUCCGGGGAGCGCCAGGGCUGCUCAUGGCUGUCCGGCGGGACCUUUACUGUUUCACCUACAGCUAAUUUUGCAGGGUGCAGCCUGGAGGAAUGUGGAUUUGGCUUAAAUGAGGGCACUUUUAAGUGACGCUCAGUGUACACAGAUCCCCUCCAUUUGGCUGCUGGAGGCAAGGUGCUAAGUGUUUUACGUGAAGACACUUCAGUAAAGUUAUUUCAGUUAAAUUGUGGGCUCAGGGAGCUUGAAAGUCCUUUUUAUAAAAGGUACUUCUUUUUCUUGUUAUUUCUUAGCAUAGUCCCCCACCUUUUUUUUUUUUUAUUAUUACAAAAAAAACUUUUCUAAGGACUAAAUUAAAGCUGCAUCUCUCACUAAAAGCCCUUUGGACAAGCCUAAUGAUGAGACUAUUGAGACCGUUUGAGUAGUCACUGCCUGGGUGCCAGGAAGAUAUGCAUCUGUACUUGAGAAAGCCCACUGGAGAGGAGAGGACGGGGGAGGUCAUUUCUGUGAGUCUCCAUAGAGACAUUUAAGGCUGGAGUUUGGAAUUCUUAAGCUUGGUCUUCUCAAGCUCAAUAUCAGCAGGAGAUCUCUGGGAUUCUACUUUAUCAUUCAUAGGCUUUGGAAGGGAAGAUGGAUCUUUUUAAAUGCUAGAAGUUUUAAAGUCUUUAACGUGCUUUUGUUGAGGCACCUUCCAGAAUGUAAGAUACAGCCAUGAGCAGCUUCGGUUUCUAUUUGGUGACUUGAACGUCAGAUUCAAGGGCCUAGUGUCAAAGAAAAUUGGCUUUGACAUUUUGUAAUCUAGGAGCAGCAGUUUGUGAGAUGUUCGUACAAAGUGUUAAGGAACCUGUUUUCUACGAAACAAUAAACAAGAAAGAACCACGG